CCAUCACCAAGGCAACCAGGCUGGCACAGAACGAUGCUCCCCCCACAGGCUUUCCCUUCCUGGCUGCUUCUUGGGCACUUGAAUGGCCACGAGCACUGCUGAUGCACCAAGAAUCUCAGGCGGCCGUAAAUCACACUAAAUAGCCCAAGCCUGUGGGAGUCCCAUUUCUUUGCUCUGGAAUCUGCCAAGGCAGCUCAUGAAAUCAGAUGAGCUUCCUGGAGAUCUGGAGACAGGGAAUGAAACCACUUCCCCACCAUCCAGCCCAGGAGUCUGGGAGCAUGUCCUGCUCACCAGGGACAGCCCCGAAGACCUGCAUACCAAACUGCUCCUUUGCAACGACCACUCAUUCCCAGAUUACCUGGUGUUUGCUCUUUCAUACCUGCCCUACUACAGAACAUCUCACCUCUUAACCAGCCCAUCUUUCCUCCCUGAAUCACUCGUCAGCACAGAACCGGAAGCAGGCUUCGAUGAAGGCAAGGCUGACAUUAAGCAGGAUGAGCAAGUCAGUUAUCCAGCUGUCUCCACAGGGUAUUUUCCAUAUUACAGAAUGCAUGAAGAGCUUCUUGGUCAACCACUCACACAUGGAUUAAAUGCAGAGGAAAAAAGGCCUGAUAACGAUGGGAAAGAUGAAAGCGAAGGAGAUGCUGAGUCAACUGUCCCACGGAGUUUGGAGCUGGACAAGAGGGCAUGCUCUCCUACGAGCGAUGAAGAGCCACCAGCCCAGCCGCUCCUAAGAGACAGCAUCACUGCACACUGCCUGUCCACCAGCUACUUCCCCAGCGGGCUGCCAGCUCUGAACCAGCUCUUUCCUUCCAGUGGGUACUUCCCUUACUACCGGACAGAGGGAGAGCUCUGCACUGACCCAGUUCUAGAGGGCAGGUUCUUCAUCGGGAUGGAAGCGCUGAAGAACAAAGAGGCAGGACAAGGGGGAGAAACAGGUAUUUGGAGUCUCAGCUCCAGCUGCUUGGUGUGCUGAGAACAAAGCAGGGGGGUUUGUCUUUGUCAGUGAAAGACUGAGUCAACGCAGGCGUGAACAAGCUCUCGAAACCUACAACAGCAAGAAAAUCUGCAUGAAUGUGGACUUCUCAACAAGUGGUAAUCCAGCCUGUGUAAUGACAGCAGAAAGCAGCAAAGGGAAUGACUCUAUGGGGGAAUCCAGAUAAACUUGCUGUAGGAAACAUCCCAAAGGAGGAGGGUGAGGAAGAGAACUGCAUUUUUUCUGUGGUUAACCCCAAAGGCUAGAUGCUCACUUGAGGGAUGUGCAGCGAUGGGGAAUGGCCAAUGGGAAAGGAAAAAAAAAGAGAGAGAAUUAUUUCAAUCUAAGCUGCUUGGAGGAAUUAAGCAGAGACAUAAUUUCCAGUAGGGAUUGAGAAAUACAUUUCCUCUCCCGUCCACUACAAUCCUUCCAUUGUAUUAAUGGCAUCUGUUAGAGCUGGUUACUGCGUGCACAGGAGGAAAAAGCCAUUUUCAUUUCAAUUCUUUGUCAGUAAAAUUUUGUGGGCACAUUUC